AACCAAUCGACAGAGUUAAAUUCCUGGAUGACAUCAUGAGCCCUGCCUAUGAAACUUUUGUUAUUUUUUCCCUCCACCAACUUCAGUUGUUCCCACAAACUCGGUGAGAACGCUUUAUAGUUUCCCAGAGCAUUUCAUCACGUAUUUCUGUAAUCACUGGAUGUUGAGCUCCACAAAGACUCUUAAAACAAAACAAAGAAGAUAUCAAACACUUUUUACUGUCCUUGAAAACCACUGCUUCUUAAAAAUCUGCUCUAUUUUCCUAAAAUUCUACUUCCCUGUUGCCAUGGAGAAGGUCCAGUACAUAACCCGCUCUGCUAUAAGGAGAGCUUCAACCAUUGAAGUGAACCCACAAACGCGCCAAAGGCUUCAAGAGCUCUUUGUAAAUUUUUGUCUUAUCUUAAUAUGCCUCUUGCUUAUCUGCAUCAUUGUGAUGCUUCUUUGAAGUCCACCUUCUAUGACUGAUCUUCACAGCGUUGUGCAAUGGGAAAAGCAGCCAGAGGGGGAAAAGAACCAAACAAGAAGUUUUCAGCACAAGGAAAUCCUUGCAUGAAAGUCCAGCAUUUAGACUAAACAAUUUCUCACCAGCUGCACUAUUCACUUAGCCACUGUAACAUGUUAAAAGCACCUGUACUGAACAGUGAUUUGAAACUUAUUGUCACAAGUGUAUGCAUGAGCUAAAUCUACUUUCAAUCCUCAAAAAAAGGCAAGAAAGCCUUCUGUGAAUGUUGCAAACUAUUUUACUGAAUUGAUGUGGAAGUAAAAAUAGCUAUAAAAUGUCCAGUAGCAAAAUUUACAAGUAUUGCUUUCAAAUGGCUUUACAUUUGAAUAAUGAGUAGGUAGAUGAGCAGAUCAAUCCUAAAUGAGCUAUUAACCAGUACAUUUAGAUUAUAUACUCUAGAAAAGAUUUUGCACAGCCUACUUUACAAUCUUGAGUAAUUGGAUUGUUUACUCAAACUGUUAUGAACUUUGCUCCAUUACUGAAAGUCUGAAAAUAAUGUUAAACCAUAACAUGGUCACAUAUUUUCCCAUCUGAAAAAUAAACAGAUUAAAUCAACUCAUAGUUAAGUGAAGUUGACUAUCCAUCUGAUAUACAUAUACCACAGCUCAGCAAUGGUAUCUGCGUGAAACUAUCUGUAAGUAGCACUGACAUCUGAACUGUGCCCAAAUAUACCGUUAGGCAUUAAAGAAUAUAACAAGUAGAGUUUUGUGCACAAAAACCAAAGCAGUGGAAUAAAACUGAUAUUAAUACUUUUCUCAAACAUAACGUUAGGUGAAAGUGUGAAGUCAAUGCUUUGUAUUUUGGCAGUGCCCAGUAAUAGUUAAACAGAAGAAAUAUCCCCCAACAGCCUAAAAAAAGGCCUGAGAGAAGUGUUUUGCAUUUAGGUAGUCUUUCUUAAACUCUUAAACUGGAGUUAAAAAGACCUGAAUAAAGUAUAGUUGUUUCAAUGUACAGAAAAGCCAAGUCACCAUACUGUGUGUAGCUUGUGUGUAUUGGGGGAGGGGGGGGAGAAAGAUGUACAGGCAAGUUUAUUCAUGCUAGCGCACACGUAAAACUCCCAACAGUUGGCUAAAACUUGUAAAGCAAGGAUCCUUUUAUUAUCCAUUGAAAAUAAAGUGUUAACACACAAUCAAAAUUUGGCAGUUUGGCUCCACACCCUAACUGCUAGAACUUCUGUUUACCUUUUAAUGUAAAGAAGUCUAACAAUGCGGAAACUGCUAGGCAGAAUAACUCAUACUGUGGUGAAUCCAAUAAAAAUACAUAGCACAUGUACUGAACACAUCCAACUAAAUAAAAAAUGACUACUAUAUAUAUGGCUGCCAUAGUU